AGUGAAUGCUGGUUAGACAGACUCCUGAUUUCAAUUUUUUUUUAUUUAGUAAUGGGAAAAGCAGAAGGUUCUGUUGCUCGAGAGGAGUGGCAUGGCCAUGUUACUGCCCUGUCUGUGGCUCCUGAAUUCCGUAGACUUGGCUUGGCUGCUAAACUUAUGGAGCUGCUUGAAGAAAUUUCUGAAAGAAAGGGCGGAUUUUUUGUGGAUCUUUUUGUACGAGUGUCAAAUCAAGUUGCAGUAAAUAUGUACACGCAGUUGGGCUACAGCGUUUAUAGGACUGUGAUUGAAUAUUACUCUGCAAGCAAUGGGGAACCAGAUGAAGAUGCUUAUGAUAUGAGGAAAGCCCUUUCUAGGGACACAGAAAAGAAAUCUAUAAUCCCAUUACCUCACCCAGUUAGACCUGAAGACAUUGAAUAACAGUAGGUUGUGGUUCUUGGGCUGAGUAAUAAAAAAGAAACAUGCAAGGUCCAUAAACGAGAGACAUGUAAAAUGGUGACAUCAUGGCAGUGUGACAAGACUCAUUUCUAUUGAUAAUGCUACAACUAUGCAACUUGGUUAUGAAAUCUGAAGACUCAUUAACAGAAGACGAAGGCCAUCUCUCAUCAUGCUGAAAACCCAUUUGUCCAAGAACCACAACCUUUUAUAGCCUUUUAGGUUUCUAAGUUGUGAAGAAUGUGUCAUCAGUGAGAAAUAGUCUGACUGUUUUUUCUUUGUCCAUUUUGACCACUUCUCUUUCCAGAAGAAAAAAUAAAAACUAUUUUCAUUUGUUGAAA